CUUGUAUCUGCCAGUUAGCAGACAUUUGAUAGGGCGUGUAUGAGUUUAUAGGGCGGGAUUGUGCGCUGACUGACCGCCCUUUGACUGGAGGAUCUGUGUGUGCAGGCUGGUGAGUGCGCAGCAGAUGGGCGGGUCAGUUCACAAUGGAGGACUCCAUUGAAGUGAUUCUGCAGGACUAUGGCAAGGUCCUUCCCACCACCAAACCCCAUCCCGUCCUGUCGGCCUGCGUAGGCUCUCUGCUCACAGGCCUCUACGGACUAUGGAGCCUGUUUUCUCUGCCUGGAUUUCGCAAAAUCCCAAUGAACCUCAAGGUUCCUUAUUUACCCUCCAGCAAAGUUCAGACACUGAACAUUAUGCAGCUGCUGGAGGGACGGACAGGUCGCUUAGCAGAUCUGGGAUCAGGAGAUGGAAGACUGGUGUUUGCGGCGUCUUCUGCUGGUUUCCAGUGCACAGGGUUUGAGAUUAACUCCAUUUUAGUAGCCUAUGCCAGGAACAAGGCCAGCUGGAAUGGAGUGCCCCCCAGCCAGGCUACCUUUGUUAAAAAGGAUUUCUGGAAGACUGAUUUAUCGAGGUACAACAAUGUGACAGCUUUCCUUGCUCCAGGAGUGAUGGAGGUCCUGGGUGAGAAGUUACUGAAAGAGCUUCCCGAUGAUGCUCGUGUCAUUGCCUGUCGUUUUCCUUUCCCCAACUGGCCACAACAAUCGUGUGUCGGCUCCGGUCUCGACUUGACUUUUGCUUAUGAUAUGAGCACUGUGCGCUCACACCUGAGCAAGAGACAAGACACUAGCACUGUCAUUCUCAACAGCACCAAACCCUCCAGACACUUCUCUGUUUUCAUGGACCAGAAAUGAACAAAAAUGUGAUAUUUAAAAGAAUCCCAGACAAAGAAAACACAUUUUUAGUAGGUCAUCAUAAAUAAAUUUGUGAUACCUGUCACUUACGAGCACUGAUCAGGAAUGAUCCUUUUGAAAGAUGUCUUUGAACAUUGCAAGGAUGAGAGGGACUCUGACUAAGCAAGAUGUCAGGAUGAUUUUGACAUCACAUAUCCCCUGCAGUAUUUGUUCCAUCUUUGCACAGCCAGAACAGACUGAGCCUUUGCCAUCCAGCCGACAAUCUUGUUAUAAAUACCACUGUGCACCACUAUCUGGAAUAUGGCUGCAGAGCUCUAAGAGCUCCUCCACUAAAGAUAAUUUUACCCCCACAUCAACACAAAUAAACCCCUUGAGUAGCAUGCUACAAGAGGUCAUUGUUUGUGUGUGUUAUUCAAUAGUUUUGUUCAGCUUUGCUUUCGUGUCAUAGAUUCAUUUGUUGUGUUUCUUCAAGAAAUAAAUAAGUCUCCAGCUCAAGGCCAUUGUUAAAUGUAUUCAGUGGGUCUCCUAGGCAGCCACUGAGGGUAAGGCACAAAGAUGUUUUCAUAUUGUGCACAGUCCAGAAUAAUUAUCUGUGCAACCUGACCCUUGUGGGUUAGAUGGAGUAAGUGGGUAGCGAAAUGUGUAUAUGCUUUAGUCAGAGAACCAUGGUUAUAUUUGUCACUGUCUGUCUGUUUUGUUUGUCAGCAUUAAAAUGAGAUUUCAGUGUG